AUGGAGCAGCCACUGCCCAUGCUCCUGGAAUUCAUCGUAGUGGUCACCACCCUUCUCGUUCUUGCCCUGAUGAGCCACCACUUGGACGUGGUCACCGCUGGGUCGGACUCGUCGGCGGAGACGGUGGAGUGGAUGCUGGCGGAGCUGAUGAACCACCCGGAGGCAAUGCGCAAGGUGCGGGAGGAGAUCGACGCAGUGGCCGGCGGCGGGGACAGGAUCGUCGGCGAGGCGGACCUGCCGCGGCUGCCCUACCUGCAGGCGGCGUUCAAGGAGACGCUGCGGCUGCACCCGGCGGCGCCGAUCGCGCACCGGGUGUCGACGGGCGAGGUGGCCGUCGGCGGGUUCGCGGUGCCGCCGCGGGCGGCGGUGUUCAUCAACGUGUGGGCCCUCGGCCGCGACCCGGCCGUCUGGGAGGACCCGCCGGCGUUCAGGCCGGAGCGCUUCAUGCCCGGCGGCGCCGCGGCGGCGGGGCUGGAGCCCCGCGGCCAGCACGCCCAGUUCAUGCCGUUCGGCGGCGGCCGCAGGGGAUGCCCCGGCGUGGGGCUCGCGCAGCAGUCCGUGCCGGCGGCCCUCGCGGCGCUCGUGCAGUGCUUCGACUGGGCCGUCGCUGAUGGCGAGACAGGGGUGGUGGACAUGGAUGAGUCCGAGGUCGGGCUGGUGUGCGCUCGAAAGCACCCGCUUCUGCUCCGCCCCACCGCUCGCCUGAACCCGUUCCUGGCGGUCGUGUAG